UCGGAUUAGAUAAGGGCCAUGGGUCAAUGAUCUCGUACAUCUCCUGGAGCCCAUAUGCCGUCGGUGUCCAGAAUCAGAUCCUAGUAUUUCUCACCUCCAAGGCACAAACGGAAAAUACAAGUCCCUCCUGACCUCCUCUCCACCGCACCAAGAUCGAUCUGUCUUCAACUCACCCAAACUACGGUUCUGUGGGCAUCCCCUGGAGCAACUGCAAAAGCGGCGAAAAAGGUGUAUAAUUGAAGCAAGGAAGUACUUUUUGUUUCUUUAGACUAUCGGGUCCAUAUCAUCCUCGUAUCAGACAGCAUCAAUGUGUGAGAGAGAAGAUUUCGCUGCUUCAACUCAAUGAGGAUCAGAGAGAUGUCUAUAUAGAUGCUUCCUUAGUAACUGUCAGUUUCAGCUAGACGGUAAUCAUGAGUCUCGCUUGUCUCGUAUGCCAUGGCAUGAACAGCUCCUCGCACUCUCUUAGAAGCUACUCAGUGUCGAGUUCAGAGGAGGAGAAUCGAUGUGGAGCUGUUGUUUCCUGCUUAACUCGGAGAAUACCAACAGCGGGAUCUGCUAGUGUCGGGACAUCAAAGGUGACCCCCUUUCCAUCCAUCGCGACUGGUCAAGGCACCGAGGGCACUCCUCGCCUUCAACGAAGCCGUGCUGUGUCCAGGGACCUUGUCCGAGACUGGAAUUUUGAUGAAGCUGUUGUCACAAACUAGAGUUGGCAUCAACAGUUCCCUUACUCAGGAGAUUUCAUCAUUUAGUGUACAUUUUUUUGCUAGUAUACUGUAUACAUCUGGAGAUCCAUGUUUAUCAGUACUUAUUAAGUUGCUGGGAAUUUGCUCAAGAGGGAUGGUACUUCUCCUGAGCAGCCGUGUAGUAAUAUGACUUUCAAGCUGUGUAGGUAGAAUAAAUUUUAUGCUAUCUCCCUAUUUCAAAAGGUCAGUAUGUUAUCUUGCACUUCUCUGUAUAUCAUGAAAUAUCUAAUUUUGUAUAAUUGCUGGCAAA